ACCAUUCCUUUCCCUGCCCCGGAACCCGGAAGUAUCCAGCUUGUUGUGAGUUGUCCUGCUUUUGCUGCUGCUAUCUUGUUCCUUCCUCAUCGCUCACAAAUGGCGCGUUCCGCGGCUUUGGGCCGGAGCGGGCCAGGUCGGACCGGGCCGGAACUCUGGUCCUCGGCGCUGGUGCUGACGGUGCUGCUGGCGGAGCUGGUCGGGCCGGGCGGCGCCGUGUCCGAACCGGGGAAAUGGAUCCUGAAUGUCGACAGCGAAACUGUGAAGAAGCAGAACUACUUCCUCUUCACUAAAACUCUGUUCAACAGCAGCUUCGUCCAUCUGAAGGCCGAGGCCUGCAACUCGUCGACAGCCGUCCAGCUGGACGUGUCCUGGUACCUGAGGAACUCCCACUGCUACGACGAAGUCUUCAGCCUGGACGCGAACGGGGCAAAGAAUUACUUCAACUCGACGAAGGUCAGCCAGGGAGGAGGAAGUGGAUAUUAUGUUGUUCACCAAUAUCGUCCAAUCACCUGCCAGCAGCACAUAAGCCCCCAAGCGUUCGGUCUGGAUGAAUUUGAGAUGAAAACUCGACUGACGGAAUUGCCGCAGGAACAGCCAAUCACAGAGAAGAAUUUAGGAAGCAGGAGGAGGAGAGAUGCGGACGCUCCAAAACCAAAGGCCGACGCGGUGCAGAAGGAAAGUGUUCCGGCUGAAACAGGGAACGCUGCCAUCCAUCGUAAAGAGGCGGCGGCUCAUUCCUCCCUGGAUGCGGUGGCCGAGAGCUGGGAGGACGGACCCUACAUGUUCAUCCUGAAGAUCAGAGAAAUCAGCCCCGCCAACCCACCCUGGAGUCUGCAGCUGCAGAUCAGCAUGAAGGGUCCUCACGACUACUUAUCAGCCGCAGAGUGGCCAAUGAUGGUGUUCUACAUGGUGAUGUGCAUCGUGUACGUGCUGCUGGCGGUGUUGUGGCUGCUCCUGUCGGCGCGCUACUGGAGGGAUCUGCUCCGGAUCCAGUUCUGGAUCGGAGGAGUCAUCUUCCUGGGCAUGCUGGAGAAAGCCGUGUACUACGCCGAGUUCCAGAGCAUCAGAUACGACGGCCUGUCAGUCCAGGGCGCGGUGGUGUUUGCUGAGGUGCUCUCGGCGGUGAAGAGGACUCUGGCCAGGGUGUUAGUGAUCAUCGCCAGUCUGGGAUACGGCAUCGUCAAGCCCAGACUCGGUGCGCUGCUCCACAGAGUAGUCGGAGUCGGUCUGCUCUACUUGAUCUUCUCCAUUGUCGAGGGGAUCCUACGAGUCAACGCUGAUCGAGGCGACAACACCAGCAGUAGGCUUUUGUGUGACAUAGUGCUGGCCUUCAUUGACUCCUGUGUUGUCUGGUGGAUCUUUGUGAGUCUGGCCCAGACGAUGAAGCUGCUGAGGCUGCGGAGGAACGUAGUCAAGUUGUCUCUCUACAGACACUUCACCAACACGCUCAUCUUUGCCGUCAUAGCAUCGGUCAUCUUCAUCAUCUGGAGCACCAAGACCUUCAGACGGUCUACGUGUCUGUCUGACUGGAGGGAGCUGUGGAUAGAUGAUGCGUUCUGGCGCUUCUUGUUCUCCAUCAUCCUAUUGGUCAUCAUGUUCCUAUGGCGACCGUCGGCCAAUAACCAGAGGUAUGCCUUCAGUCCUCUGCUGGAUGAAGAGAGUGAGGAAGAGGAGAAGGAGCCCAUGAUGAACGAGGCUUUCGAGGGGAUGAAAAUGAGGGGCGCCAAAAACGAGAGCAACGGCACGGCCAAAGCCAACAAAGUGGAUGAGGAUCUGAAAUGGGUAGAAGAGAACAUCCCUUCAUCGAUGGCAGACGUCACCUUGCCGCCCCUGCUGGACUCUGAUGAGGAAACCUUGACGACAAAGUUUGAGAUGUCCAAGAUGGAGUAAAGCCGACGAGGCUCGGCCGAACGGAGGAACGCAGAGCAGGAGGAGGGUUUUAAAAGAUGAAUAAUACAGAUUAACGUCGGUGUACAAGGUGUAUUAAAAAGGGAAGGAUGGCUGAUGAAAUGCACGUGUGCGGAGGGAGAGACGGACCGAUGGAAGGGUUUGUUGUACAAGGUGGCCGCGGCGUCUGUGUGGGAUUUAACCCCUGACUUUAUGAGCUUUGUAAGCCUUGAUUGUAUAUAACACUGGGAGUAAAAUCCUUCACAGCGGCACACCGGCUCUUUUUAUUUUUAUUGCUUUAUUUAUAUAUUUCUAUAUAUAUAUAUAUAUAUAUAUAUACACAUACACACACAGUAUAUUUUGACAAAUUGGAUGCAAAGGAGCGGCUUGUUUUCUUUUCACCGUUGUAGAAAUGUGAUUUUUUUUGUGUUUUCACUGUCACCACAACGCGAGCUGUGCCUGGGCUUCUGUUGGGUUGAUACCUGCGAUUGUGAAGAAAAACAUGGAUGUUAAUGAAUAUAUCAGUUGUUUUUUCCAUUCUUUUCUUUUGUUGUGCGGUUCAUUUCAGCUUUUUGGUUUCCAGUGCAAUUCACUCCAUUAAAAAAACAAAUUCAGAGGAAUUUUACCCAGACUGUAUGAAAAUUAUUUCUUAUUUUACAGUUUGGCCAACACAAAGAAAGCGGGAGGUGAGGGGACAUCCCAACACAUUCUCACUACCCAUCGCGUAAAACACGGACGCUCGGGCAGGUGCCUUUGGCGUUUGUUAGUAACGCUAAAAGUGUCCUUUACAGUCAUAUCUAAACGCGCUUUGUUGGGACUCUUGCCGUCACUUUUUGGCGCUCUGGGUCGACGUAGGUUUAACUGACAUGCGGCAAAAGAACGGGACAGUUAGGUUUAGG